AUGCGCUGGAAUACGUGGUUUGAGUUUGUGCAGCGACAGCAGAAAUCGGCUGUCUGUGGGACGCAGAAAGGCCGGGACAAACCCUUGGUUGUGGCUGUUGACAGGUGCCUUCUGGAGCGUGCACGGGCACAAACGAUCUGGGAGAUUAAGCGGUCCAUCACCAGAGCCUACUACAGGAACUCAGUUGGCGGACUCCUCCUCUUUGACAUUACCGUCUUUGUUUUGGUGGGCCACAAGUGUGACCUUGACACACAGCGGCAAGUCACCAGGCACGAGGCUGAGAAACUGGCUGCUGCGUAUGGUAUGAAGUACAUUGAGACCUCAGCUCGGGAUGCCAUUAACGUGGAGAAGGCCUUCACUGACCUGACUCGAGAUAUAUACGAGCUUGUUAAAAGGGGGGAAAUUUCAAUCCAGGAGGGAUGGGAAGGGGUAAAGAGUGGGUUCGUCCCAAAUGUAGUGCACUCUUCAGAAGAAGUGGUGAAAUCAGAUAGGCGGUGCUUGUGCUGAGCUCUUCUAGUGAGGCAAGUGGUGAUGAACUCUACUAACCAAACGUACUUUACUAAGUGAACUCGGUGUGACAGAAGGGAGAGCAACACUCCCGUUGUGAACAGCCUCCCACGCUGUUGUGGACACCAGAACAGACCCCAGAAAGAAAUGUUCUGUUCCAAAUAACCUUUCAGAACUGGGGGCUACAAACCUAACGGAGAGUGAGUGAGGGUGCGUGUAGAUGUUGUAACAGGAGGCAGAAAUGAGGGUCUGCACGAGACAGGAGAGAGUACACAGCUGAAUGGGCUGGCACAUGCCAGGGUAC